AUUGUACGCGUGGGACUGCACGUCAUUGAAAACUUUCUGUCGUGUGAAGACGCUGUUGAAAUCAUUAUCGAGGAGAACGUUGCACAGAUCCUGACGCUGCUGGAGUUUGAAAAGUGGCGAGAUGCAGACAUGUACGAGGAAAUAAGAGCCUGCAUCUUCGCUUUAGAUUUAAAGAUCAGACAGUUCAACAACUUCGAGCGUUACUUGCUGGAGUUAGAGAAGGGAAAGCUACGCUGGUCGGUGCUCCAUUCCGAGAAGUUUUGGCGGGAGAAUGUGAUGGUUUUUGAAAAAGAUGAAUUCAUCACAAUUCAAAAAAUUGAGCGGCUGCUCGACAGCGAUGACCCCGCAACUCAAGCGGUUGCAUGCUACGACUUGGGGGAGUUUGCACGUUUGCAUCCUGCGGGAAAGAAGGUCUGCCAGAAAUUCAAAGUAAAGGACAAAGUUAUGCUUCUAAUCAGCAGCAAACACCGCGAAGUAGCUGCUGAGGCUCUUCUCUGUGUGCAGAAGCUGAUGCUGAACAACUGGCAAGACGAAAGAACAGCAGAUGCUGACAGAGAAAUAGCAGCAGAGUUGGGGGGAAGGAGAGAACCCCGUCGCCGUCGCGGUAGAGGGGGCCCUGCUGCCUUUGCUGCACCUGCUUUCGGUGUUGCUGAGCCGGAAGAAGCUGCUGCAGCAACAGCAGCAACAUUCAAUGCUCCAGGGCUUGCUGUUGCUGCUCCUUCUGGAGGAGCAUUCAAAGCCCCGGGAUUAGCAGUUGCUGCUCCUGCAGCAGCAGAACGCAGAGCACCAGCAGCACGAACCACAGCAGCAGCACGAAGAAGAGGAGCAGCAGCAGCAGCAGCACCCAGGGCAGUGAAAGCCUUCAAAGGCCCCUCCUUUGGGGUUGCGGCUCCUACAGUAGCAGAAGAGGAAGAGACAGGAGCAGCAGUAGCAGAAGCAGCAGCAGCAGCAGCAGCAGAAGCAGCAGCAGCAGCAGCAGCACGCAGAAGGGGGUUUGAAGCACCUAUGUUGGGGUUAGCAGCACCUGGUUUUGAGACAGAGAUGGGUGGAGGUGCGGAGACACCCGAAGGUGGGCGCGGAAGAGGACCUCUCUCUGCUGCUGCCGCUGGCGCAUCGAAGCCACCGUCUGUACCGCCUCCUCAUGUGGGGCCCGAAAGCAGACACGGAGUGCUGCCAGGAGAGUUUGAAGAAGAAAAAGAGAGACAAAUGCAAGAGAGAGAAAGGCAGCUGCAGCAGCUCCAGCAACAACUCCUCCAGCAGCAGCAGCAGCAGCAAGAGCAGAUGCAGAUGCAGCAGCAAAUGCAGCCACCCAUGGGGCAACCGCAACCAGAGCGAAUAGCAGAGCUGCAUAAUCUGGCGCAGCAGCAGCAGCAGCUGCAGCAGGAGCAACAUCAAAUGCAGCAGCAACAGCAGCAGCAGCUACUGCAGCACCAGGAACAGAUAGCGGAAGCCCUCAAGCAGCAGCAGCAGCAGCAGCAGCAACAGCAGCAACCACAAGAAACCCCUCCAUUUCCAUCUCCAGCAGCACCAGAAGCAGCAGCAGCACCCGAAGCAGCAGCAGCAGCACCAGCGCCUUCAGCAGCAGCAACAACAGAAGCAGUUCCUUCAGCGGAGGCCGCAGCAGCGCCAGCAGCAGCAGAAACAGCAGCGGCUCCAGCAGCAGCUGCAGCAGCGCCAGCAGCAACGGGCCCCCCGAUAAGUAUUGAGAAUUAUAACUGCGGAGCUGCGUUAGCUGUGCGUACACUCGAAAUGCAGGCAAACGCAAGAUGA